GCAGAACUGAAUGUUUUUGUAGUCAGCAAGCACUGGCAUUUUCAUCGCGAUUUACAGCAGCAAGAGAAGUUACUGUGAUAUACACACACUGCUCUCUGCAUAAACAGAAAGGGCUGCAUCCUCCAAACAGUAAUUAUAAUUCAUCUGGCUGCUCACAGUGAAAGGCUCGGCUAAUUGUAUCUGUGGAGCAUUUUCCUGGAAAGUUCCUAACUCCCCCGGGCAGGAACGAGCGCGUUGUGCAGCAAGGAUGAGUGCUCACAACAUGACGUGGAUCAGCUACCCAAGCAAGAGCCUGGCUUCCACCUCCCUGGAAGAAAUCCAAGCAUUCAUAGCUUCUCAAAACGUCAUCUCGAGACUCAUGCACUGCUACAUCGCCUUCUUUGUGCCAGCAGGACUGAUAGCUGCCGUGUGCAUUUUGGCCAUUUUCAUAAAGAAUUACAUGCAGAACAAAGCCAUGGAACACUUAGACUCGCUUCUCCUACACUUCACCAUCAGCAAUACUACAAAGAUUCUGUUGUCAUUUACAGUCAUCAACAGACCUGACUACAUCACAGUGACCCAACUCGCCUGCACCGUUCUGUCAUUUCUGUUCAACUUCAGUUAUUUCAGCUCUCAGUACUCUUUGGUGUUGAUGCUUCUCAUGCUGUUACUGAAGAGAUUUCCACCAACGACUGCUCUGAGCAAAGUAACCCAACGUCCCAUGCUGUGCAUCGGAUGUGUACUGCUGUAUGCCUUCUGUUUGUCAGUGAUGGAAGCAGUGCUGGUUGGCACAGAUAACUACCACUUGAAAACAUACUGCCAACUAGAUCCAUUAUUUGCAUGGCCUGAAUAUGAGAUCGUUAAGUUCACCUUUGGAUUUGGAAUCCCAUCCUUUCUUCAGAUACUCUCUUUUAUCACCCUCCUUGCUAAAGAAGCCCCUGCUGAAGCUCCAGCCUUACAACAGCACAUUCGUACUUACCUUGCUGUGUUUGUUAUAAGCAUAACAACAUUUAUAUGCCGUCUAUUUUAUAACAUUAUGAUUCUCGUCAGGACAACACUGAAAUUACAGAAGAGCAUUGGAACUCCAAAGGAUGAGCUGGUGAUGAAUAUUGCUGAAAUAGUACUGUUCUCAGAGAGCUGUGUUAGUCUGGUACUCAUACUCUGUUUGCACAAACCAUGCAUGGACAGAAUAGUUCAAGUCAUUCGGAGCUGCCGAAGGACACACAGCACCAACAGCCACCUUGAAAUCCCAGUAAUGCCUCCGAGCCCCGAAGUGAUGUCCCAGUAAUACCUGCUCUGCCAAGAACUCUCAAUCUACUUCCUAUGGCUUUUCUUCUUUGUAAAGGACAAUUGUUCUUCCUUCUGACCCCAAACGGACUAUCAUACAGCUAGCAGGACUGGAAGAAAAACAUACCUAGUCUGCUAUCUGCAGUGACCUAAUGUGUAGAAGCAUGCAGGACCAGGGGGUCUGUCCUUGUGUGCGUGUGUGUACAUACUUUUCAUCUCUUUCAUGUUACUUCAAAAGUGAGCAGAAAGUACUGCAGCUACAGAAGUAUGCUUCUGUAGUAGUACCAAUGCCUUAGUAAGGAUGCACACCAGAACAUAUCCCAAAGCAACUCUGAACUAAGGUAAAAAAAUCUGCAGCCAAAGCAUUUUCUUAAGUUUGCUUCCUCUUUGGACUGGGAUUUCUUGCCCUACAAGCUACUCAUAUUUUUGUAACAUUGCUUAAUUCCAGUAACAACAGCAGUGAAGCACAGGUUAAGAGUCCAUUACAAACCCAAAAUAGUGAUACUGCAAGUCUAUUUCACAGCUUGCUUGUACCGUACAUGCACACAAAAUGGGGUUUGCCUUCCUUUCUUUCUGCUUUUCUCUUCUAUGUUUGCUGGAGCCUCAAAGGUUUCUAUCUGAAUUCUUGCACACACAAAAAACAACAACAACAACAAAAAAAGAGCAACACAAAAACCCCUUGAAUUAAUGGAAACGUUGGUCCAUAAAGAAGAACUCUGUGUCCUUUCUGAGGCACUGAACUGGAAAGAUGGACAGGAUAGCUAAUUAAAACUUUGUGCAAGAAUGAAAGCUUCUUGUUAAAGCACGCUCAGCUUCAACUUUGCAUUAAGACUUUACGCAAUUAUUGACUUAAGCCAUUCUUGAUGAGUUCAUUCAGAAGUAUGAAGUCACGUGCCUCCAAUAGUCACAUUCUAUAAUACCUUAACUAAAAAAAUGAGCAAAACCAGGCCCAGAACAGGAGAACUGCUUUUAAAAAGGCAAAAAGAAGCCGAGCCCCAGAUCCAGGCAGAAAUCAAGGCUUUGCUGGAGAUAGGAGAGGAACGUUAUACAUUUUAGAUGAGAAUUCACAGUUAAUAGUGCAAAAUGGGGAAAGAAAUCCAAAUCUGAGCAUUCCACAGCAGCCAUGGCACUGCAGCCCUAUGGAAGCAGCCACUGGUGCAGGCAGAGCCUCAGGUGCAGGGCUGCAGUGCUGGCUUUGAGAGCAUCAUCACUGUACCCAGGUUGGCCCAGAGCCCUCUUACACAUUUGGCUUCAGUUUCAGACUUCCUUUCAGGGAGGAGAGAACAGAAAAAACAAGGAAGGCACAAGGCUGUUCUGCAUCUCGGAUACAGAUGUAGAGUUGGACUACAAGUUAAAAAAGAAAUACAGUGAGGUGAUAAGCGGGGCUGAAGUGACCUGAAGGGUUUCUAUGAAAAAAACACUGAUACUUAAACACAUGCUCAUGUAGCACUCGAGACAAAAUUUACUUGAUUAAGUAAGGCACCUACUAUGCUAAAGGAUGCUAAAGGAACCAAGAGAUUUUAUAGCAAAAAUCUUGCAAAGUCAUCUUGGUAGGGUCCAGAUCUGUGUGCAGAGUCAGUGCAAAUUGGCAUGGGCUGCCUGAAAUACAGCAAGGUGGGCACUGAUCCACCAACAGGAACACACACUGCAAAGCAACAGCCAAGGGAAAGACUAAAGGACAUCUGCCCACAUGCACUGUGUAUAGAUCUAGAAUGUAGAUAUAUGGCUCUAGUCCUGAAAUUCAUGGACUCUGACUAUAUCACAUGCAAAGAGAGGGCAGUCAUCCCACCAUGACCGUAAGGACCAAUGUUUCCACAAGACGUAAAAAUCAACUAGUGAAAUAUCUGCACUGCAUUAUGUCAGCUUGUUCUCCCACUCAGCUCUGUCCUGCUGCCAGCACAAGCAGAUGGAUAAAUAGGGAAUAUCACAUAGAAACAGGGCAUUAUUAGAUCCUGGUCAGAAAGGAAAUACUUAGAUAAAAAUCAUCUCUUCAAAUACAAGAGUUAAUUAUAUAGUUGUGAAAGGAUUUCUCAGAUGACAUUUGAAGUUUUGCUUUGCGUCUGAGGGAGUUUAAACAACAAGGUCUGAACAUCAGCCCUGCAGAGAGGGGCUGUAAGAGCAGCACAUCAGCAAAGAAAGCUGACAGACUGAGCAAAAGGAUGCAUCAGAAGACGUAAGCUGUUUGAUUCAGUUCAGGCAGAGAACAUCACACUUUCAUGGCUAAGUAUGUUAUUUUCUAGAACGGGAAUUAUGCACAAAGGAUUCUACUUUAUUCACUGCUUCCAUAUAUUCAAAGGAAGGAAGAAUAAAUAUUGUAUUGUUUCUGAGUCUUGUGUUACUGUUCAAGGUGCCUGAAAGUAAACCCAACCAGCAAAUACACAGGACCUGGUUAGAGAAUGUUGGCUGGGUCCUGGGAACUGGUCUAACGUGAGCAAAUCACACAGAUACUCCCGCAGGAGCCUGGAGGCUCAGCACAGGUAGCAUGCAUGACAGUACUGUAGCAUUUGGGCCAAGCAGAACCAUACCAAAUAUCUCAGGGAAAUAAAGCCUGUGGGAGCCUACAGACAGAGCUAACACUUGGGAACGAGCAAGAACAAACUACUGCUGCAAAGCUGUGAGUGCUGCUGGGUACAGCUUCUGCUGCUGUCUGUGUGAUGUGAAUCAACGUGCUCUGCUCUCUUCCCUCUCCUCAGAUACUGCAUGGGGACAGAGUAUUUUCUGCGUGGCUGCUUAUAUUGUCAUAAUGUCUAUAUACAGGAAAAAGACUAACUGAAAAGGAGAGAAGAGGUUGAAAUGUGAAACAAAAAUCCAAACUCUCAUUAAUGUAAUUUAUAGCAACAUUAGAAUUUAUAGCAAUAUAGAAAUGUUUUGUUAAAUUGUUCUUGAUAAAGUUACACAGAAUUUCCAUUAAAAUUCAGGACAAUGAACAUGUAGUCCUAGAGGAGAUCUACUUUCUAUACAACUAGAAUAUGAGGGUCAAUACCUCUAUGUGCAAUGGGAAGUGAACAGAAGUAGUCCCAGAAAGUCAUUAUAAAGCAGUCAAAUUUGAGGUAGAAAAGCAGCUUUGGCUCAGAUUAACAGUGAUUAUUUCUAAAUGAUCAAUAAAUUGAAAUGCAUUUUUUAAGAAUAAAAUGAAAUCUGCCCACUCUGAUUUCUUUUCCAUCCAUACCAGGAACAGCUUUGCUGCCCACUUUCUUCCAGGCUUCACCCAAUUCGGAGCAGUAUGUUCCAGAAGAAACACAGCACAGAUAUUUUUGUAGGCAAGCUGUCAAAAAUAACCAAUGCCAUAUAUUGGAAAUUUCAAGGAAGAAUACUUUCUUUCUGUACUGGUAACAUACACAUCUAAGACAAGCUUGUCUGAAAAAAAACAAAACCAAAAACCUUCAAUUCCAAAAACUAAGAGAAAUGAGCAGAGCUGCUGAAGUAUAAGCAUGCAUUUCUGAAUGGGUAACACGCUGCGGAAUAGAACAUGUAGAGACUAAAGACUCAUCUUUUCUGAACCAGCUGGCUCCAAUCUGGUCCCGUUGCAAAAUAACAUCUGAGCUAAAGAGGAACAAGAUUUGCACAGCUGAAUCAUAACUUGAGUUGCUACACCCCUAUUUGUAUUGUUAAGGCCAGCCUGAAAAGCAUUUAAAUUUCAAACUUACAGAUCCAGAAAAGGCUCCAGCAGCAUCUGUCUUGACUUUGAGGUAGCUGCGGAUCUGGGUAGGGUGAAAGCUCAAGCAAUUUAUCCAUAACAAGUAUGCUAUGCAACUUUUACACCGUAUACUUUGCACAAGCAGUUGAUUCACUAAACAACUGGUACGAAAGAAUGCAUUUUGCUUCCAUAGCGCUGUAAUCCUUAUUCUCUCAUUUCGGAUCAGUUAGUGACAACUAUGAAAUCCUUUCUUUUGGACAACUGGAGAGGCAAAGUGCCCAGGAAGGACUGCCACACAACUGCUGGAGUCAGAAAGGACUGCUGCAUUGUGACUUAUUGUUAUCACAUUUGGAUAGAGACUGAAGUGCUAUGAUGAAUCAUCCUUCACUCUUACACUGUUUUGUGGUCCAAUUUCAUAAAAUGUGGAUGUGUUUCUCCUCCCUUCUAUGUGCUUUGCAAUAUACAGCAUCAGAAAAACAAAAAGAUUCUACCAGAAUAGUUUGAACGGGUACAGGUGCUGUCCCUGCAAAGGCUGAAUUUUGAAAAAAUAUAUUUUUAGUAAGAAAAAUGCAUUCUCAGAAUUAUUGGCAACUAAAAAGGCUCAACAAACAAACACUCUAGGCAAGGUUUUCUGUAGGCACAGAACACGAUCAUUUGUUCCAACCCAAACUAUACUUGACUCUUUGCAAGAAAAACAGUGAUCCUGUGGCUGGUCAGGAUAAAACACAGAGGUACUCCAGAGGAGGGUAACAGCUCCAGGCAGGAGAUGUCACUCAGCAGAUGGAUAAGGACGCAGGUCUGCUCAUGCUAACAGAACGAUGACACAGUUCUGGAGGGGGAGUUCCACCUACUUGCAGAACCUGAACUUUACAGCAGCAUCUGUUCCUCCUCUACUCACCUCCCACUUUGUUCUUCCUCCACCAUCACAUCCUUUUUGCAACACAGUAGUCCUAUGCUGAUGCUUGCUAAAUUACCUACAGUACCCUAUAUUAAACUCCACUCCAAGCCUCCUGGUACACCUCAGCACAUCACCAUUACACUAGUGCUCCUUCAAAGCACUACAGUGCUAGUUUAUGAUUUAUUUAUGUUUAUUGAGGUACAUACAGCAUUUAAGAAGUUGACUACUACAGAUUUAAAAAUAUCUGCCAGGAAGAACACCAAAGGCUGGAUUACUGCAGCAGGACAAGGCAGGAAGGCCAGCACACCAGUUGCAUCCACGCUUGUUCUCAGCAGCAGUUGUGAUAAGGCACGACAGGCAGGGCUGUAAUACUGUCACAAUUCAGCUCAAUACGGAUCAUGGAGGCACUCGUUAUAAAGCCCUAUGGGGUAUCAGCAAAUGAUGGAGGAAAAGGGAAUGCGGCGUUCGGCAGCUGCUACCAUUUGCUUCAAGCACUUUGUGACCCUUUUCAAUAGGGAAGUGCUGAACGGUGAGAUUAAGAUAGAUUAAUCAGUAACAAUAAUCUGAUUGCAUAAACAAGAGCCUGGAGAUGCUGUCAUUUGUUUUAGGAAACAAAAUUCAGAGAAUUCACAUGACCAUCUCAUAAAAUAUUUACUGAAACACAGAAGUCACUAAUUACAAUGUAAUCAUAUUAGAUGUGGCCUCUUCUUAGGCUUCAUAUCUCUCCUAGCAGAAAAAACAGCCACUUCAGGGCUUUUUUGGAAGGAAAUUUCCUACCUACACUUGAAGUGUGGCAGGAGGACAUAUUUCUUGUCAUAAAUUCAAACAGGAAAAUCAGCACUGAUAACAGCAUUCUACGUUCUGAUAGCAAAUCAGCUGAUGCUCACAGAUAGAAAACCAGGGGCAGACAGAGCAGCUGAUUGCUGGAGCAGGACCCCAACAUAACAGGCAUGAACGCCCAGAAGCCACCUCCAGGCAUAAAGGGAAACACAGAUCCUGCUGGCCCUUACGAGAUCAGUGUGAGUUCUGAAGGACAGAACUAAGCAGAGCGAAACCACACGAUGGACAAACAACAAGAAAGACUCUUUAUAAUCCUGCUCUUAGAACAGAGGGAAAAAACAGCCCUUCAAAGCCAGCAUCACAAGACUUUCUAACACGACAAUUACUGCAGUCCUAUAACCCAACCAUAGCUGUGCACUUCUCAAAGCAAAGCACUCUGAGGCCCUCUGUCCCCAUUACCCCAUCAGGAAGACUCCAGAAUGCCACCUGCGUGCACCUUCUCUGCAGCUGAACAGUAAAGCACUCCCAAACCAUUCAGUCACUGUGCAGGAGCAACGACACGCUAACUUCACUCCUCGCUUCUGAACUGAUAACAUUGAUUUCUUGGAAUCCUAAUGCUGAAAUCCAAUUCAUUUCUUUUCAUAGCAGUGGAACAUCACAGCGAAGUACGGCAUGCCCAUUAAUGACACUUAACGUUAAGUUAGCAGAUCAAUAUCAUCAUAAAAAGUUAAUUAGCAAAGACAAAAUUGCUCUUUCAGGAGAAAAAUACAUUUUCUUCAGUCUUAAGAGCUGUAGCCACCAGUAGGUGGUGUUUCUGAAAUGUCAGAGCGCCUCUUCUCCCCUACAGAUGAAAUGCAAAACUCCACCUGCACUACUGCUGCUUUCAAUGCAGGACUCCACGCUCACUGCUGCUCCACGAUCACUGCAAAAGGAGCCUAUUGCAUCUGAGGGCCUUUGAACAGAACGAUUCUACCACGUGUCAAGAUGACAACAUGCACCUGAAAAUGUAAAUACAGACAGACAACAUAGGACUGACUUGCAGGUGACAUUCCCUGCAGCUCUGCACACCUAAAGGCAAGCUUAUCCUGGCACGGCAGUGGAAGUUGACACAUCCAUUAAGUGCGUAUGUGAGCGAGAAGCAGCCUUCUGCUGUCUGCAGGAAAACCAGCUCGGGAAAAAUGGAAUUAAGGUCCAAGGAUGUGCGCUGAGUAUUAACAGAACACAAAUGGAGCUAGAACUCUGCCAUCUUCCGACCUGCACAAAGGAGAACUGCUGAUGAAAAGCCUCCUUUGAAACGAUCCAAGUACCAUUAUGGUAAAAAGAUCCCGCCGUGGUCUUACGACAUAUAGGAACUGAAAGUGCUCCCAUCUGCAAUGCAUGUAGUGUCAUGUAAGAAAAAAAGAAAGAAAUGUACUUUUCACACUGUUAUAUUUCAGUCAAUUUCAAGUCUAAUUAAUUCGGCUUCUAAAGAAUUUGAAUUUCCUAUUUAUAAGCGUGGGCUUUCUUCCAUUCCAAUCAAAAUGCUUUCAAUUCACUGCUUUGAAAACACCCCAAAAUCUCAUCUUUUUGGCAUUACUACCAAACUGUGACUGCCGUUACCUUUUGUGCAGAUACUUUAACCAUGGAAACCUACUCUGCCUCAGUACCACCUGUUCUAUGUAACAGCACAACUUUCAACCUCAGUGGAUCGCAUCUGUGUAACGAGAGCCUGUCUUCUAGAUUAGCAGAUAAAUCAGAGCACCAACAAUACGUUAUUGGGCUUUUCUUAUCGUGCCUUUACACAAUAUUUCUUUUUCCCAUUGGCUUUGUAGGAAACAUUCUGAUUCUGGUUGUAAACAUAAGCUUUCGUGAGAAGAUGACUAUCCCAGACCUUUACUUCAUCAACCUCGCCGUGGCCGAUCUCAUUUUAGUCGCUGAUUCUCUCAUUGAGGUUUUUAAUCUUGAUGAAAAGUAUUACGAUAUCACUAUCAUAUGUACCUUCAUGUCUCUGUUCCUUCAGAUCAACAUGUAUAGCAGCAUUUUCUUUCUGACGUGGAUGAGUUUUGACAGAUACAUAGCACUGGCAAAAGUCAUGAGGUCCAACCUCUUUCGCACUAUGCAACACGCCAGGUUGAGCUGUGGUCUCAUAUGGAUGGCAUCUAUUUCUGCAGCACUAGUGCCAUUCACGGCUGUGCACUUACAACACACCGGAGAGGUCUAUUUUUGUUUUGCAGAUGUAAGAGAAAUUCAGUGGCUAGAAAUAACCCUGGGCUUUAUCAUCCCCUUUGUGAUCAUCGGUCUCUGUUACUCGUUAAUCGUCCGAGUUCUUAUAAAAGCACACAAGCACAGGAGCCUCCGCCUGCGCCGACAGAAGGCUCUUCGGAUGAUAUUUGUUGUGGUCCUGGUUUUCUUUAUCUGCUGGCUCCCUGAAAACGUCUUCAUUAGCGUCCAGCUUCUACAGAAGAAAAGUGAGCCCACCUCGUCAAGCAGCCCAUCCUUCAGACACGACUACCCUUUAACGGGACACAUUGUGAACCUCGCAGCUUUCUCCAACAGCUGUUUGAACCCUCUAAUUUACAGUUUCCUUGGGGAAACCUUCAGAGACAAACUGCGACUGUACAUUGAACAGAAAACCAAGAUGUCCACGUUGCAUCGCUUCUGUCAGGCUGCCUUGACAUCUGUCAUCCCCGACAGCAAUGAGCAAUCGGAGGUCUGAUUUAGGGCUGUUGUGCAGCACAGCUGUCUGUGAAGCUGUGCAAAUAGUGAACAAAACGCUUACUACUAACAGCAAAAAGCAUGCCUGCCUGUGUAUAUAUUGUAUGGCUCUACUGAGUAUGGGAGGUUUAUAUUCAGAAUGUUUUUAUGACAACUUCAAUGUAGAAGAAUAUGUUAUAGUCAGAUUUAUAUUUAAUUAAGAGCAGGAUUAUUAAAAGCUGAGCACCGAAGGAGCUUUAUUUUAUAUAAUACAUGCAUGAAUGAUAAAAUAGAAGAAAAUUUUAUCAAGCUAGGAAGACUCUAGAUUUAACUUGAUUAUCGGAGAUGCUGUUUUGCUGGUGUAUAGAAGGUACUUCCACUUAAAUACCAAACUGCAGUAAGAGGGGAAAAAUCAUUACAACAUAUUGAUGUGAAGAUGCAGAAAACAGUGAUUUUUACCCAAAUGUGUUAAGUUAAAGGACUUUGCUUUUGAGAACUAUAUAGUAUUAUCGUUAUUGUAUUCCAGCAUGUCUUCCACAACUAACUUUUUCUGAUCUUAAUAUAGUCUAGCAUGGUGAUGAGUUUUCGUUUCACAAAUCUGAUCUGCUGUUUACAUCAGCACCUGAUCAAACCUGAAAUCACCUGUCACUAUAUGGUUCAUCUCAAAGAAGUUCACUGCAGCAAAACGUAACGCUUUGCUCUCCUGAGGAUUCCCCAGGACAGCACUUCUCAGGAUGGAUAUAAUUGGGCUUUUGUCAAAAAUGCAAGCACAUACAUACGUGCAUCCACAUCUCCCUUCAGACUCAAACAAAAGUCAUAUAAGAUCUGUCUCCAUUUAGCAGACCCAUUCAGAUGGUUGGAACAACAUGCUGUGGCUUUAAAGAAGCCACAUUCUGAAAAAGACUGUAAGAAUUGCUUAUAAAAAUGAAAAAGCCUCUUUCCUUUUCCUUUUUUUUAAGAAGAACUUGUGUAAAGGUGCACAGAUCUGCACUUGGUGCCCUGCCCACCCCAGCCCCAGAAGCCAUAGGUCUUGGGGACCCUAAGAUGCACAUGGGUUGCUCUGUUCAUUUGAAGAUAAAUGGUGAUAAGAAAACAAACGUUAGCACCACACAGUAGAAAACAGAUUCUAAUUUCUUAUAGAAAAUAAUUGGGUUUUAAAACUGGAUGAUGCUUAAUGCAGGUUACUGCUGAACUUCCUCAGAGGAAGCCACAAAGUUCCUAGAGAUUUGUGCACAAGGUCAUUAAACCAUCACUCACUGCAGCUCUGAAAUACACAAACCAAUUCCACCUCUGUGCUCACCAAGCACAGCACCAGAACUCCAGACAAUGUGAUGAUGUGCCCUACUUUAAACAUCACAGGUGAGCCAAUUAGCACACUAAAGGAUUUUUAAAACAUAGAUGCUUAAAACAAUGAGUAGAGCAUUAAGGAGCAAAGGAGACAGUGAUCCCACUUAUUUCUCAUGAAAUACUCAGAGUUUCCCAGUGAAGUUGUAGCCACAAAAGGUUUGACCUAAGAGCAGAAAGGCCCCAGGAUGAUGCUGCAUUGGAACUAGCUGGAUGUUCCUGAAACACUGAAACAGGAACAGCAGAGAGGAGUUUGCCCAACUGCUGACCAUUUCCAAGGCACUGUUAAUCACCAGACAAGGAGAAAUUCCUAUUUACUCCCAUCUCUCUGGUAGAGCACUAAUGGUAUUUUCUCUCUCAAAGAUGCAAGCACUGCCAUGCCUUCUCUGCAUAGGAGCUGCUCGACAACACAGAGCAGCAAAUCUCAUGCUACUCCAAGACGAUACGUAUGUCCAUUUUCCCUCGUUACUUUCAUGAUUGGAAUUAACCACAAUCAUCCCUGUCCCGGUGCACAUUAACCACCCCUCUGACGGACAGCUGUUUCAAACAGCACAAACAAAGGAACAGAUCACACUUCCAGCAAUGCAUUUCCAUCAAUUAAGCACACAGCCCCAGCACUGCAUACCAGCUUUGGGUAAUCCCAGCUCUUUCCAUGAAUAAACCACCUUCUUUGGGGUUGCAGCAAUACAGUUUCCCAAUCAGAAUUCCUCCAUCCAACAUCCCUUAUAUGUCCAAAAGCACAUCUCACACCUGAGCUACCAGAGGAGGUUCCUGCUGUUGAUAUUUUGGUUCAGGUUUGAGCUGUACCUGAGAUGACUAAAUUUAAGCAUGCUGUUGUGAAUAAAUGACAAGUGUUCUCCCAGGUGAAAAAAUUACCCCUCUUCACAGAAGUUGGUGGUGGUGGUUUUUUCCCCUAAUGCGUAAUUUAAUCACAUAAGUUUCCUUCCACUGCAUCCUUUCAACAGUUUAAGAUUUACUACACGGUGACUGUGCAGGCAUGAAAAGCACAGACAGUCAUUUUCAAGAUGAAGUUUGUUUAAUUCAUGUAAAGCAUUAACGAAGUGAAUGCACGGGGCAAGGAAGUAGAGUCAGUGGGUCAAACAACCCCAGAUCCUGCACAGGACAGACGAGAUGCAGAGAAAGACUGCCCCUUCCCCUUCUGGUCCACAAAAAAAAAAAAACAAAGGCUGGUAUCCAAAAUGCUCAACCCAUCCAUUCCAAAAGGGAACAGCUGCUAUCAAGCAAAUUUAAAAAGCAAAAAGCAGAAAUCUUAAAACAUGAUUGUCUUCAAUAUUGCUUCUAUCAACUGGAAACAACACCAUCUCUUCUUACAUUGCCCUAAUGUCAUCGAUUGCUGUACUUUAUCAGCUGUUGAUUAAGACUGCAGAAGGGAGGAGGUUACCUAGAUAACUCUGAGUGGUUAGGAUGGUUACUUUAUGUGUCAAAAUGUGGUUUACAGAAGGUGAAAGUAUGUAGAAUUCAACCUCGAGCGUGAUUUAAUUCCAUUUGAACUUAUUUCUAUAUAAACAGGAGGAACAAACGCACACACGGAAGGGAGAUCUGAAUGGUAAUAGCUAUUCAUGAAGAUGAAUCAAUGAAUUCAUUUGAUUUUGCUUGAAAAAGAGGGUGUGAUUUGAAUUGAGGGGACGCUACUCUUCCUUUCCAACCCAAAAGCCUUUCCCCACUCAUUCAGAGCAGCACACAAAUGUUUGGGACUUUCAAACAAAGAAGAGCACAGAGCUAAAUUCGUUGUUAAAUUCAAUUAACCGAAUUAUCUCUUUGCAACACAAGUUUACUCUCAUGUUACCAAUUACACUUACAGCGGCCCAUUGCUACACAGCCAGACACAGACAUUUCUCGUUCAGACUGCUUAGGUUAAGCUAUUGUUAUUAUUAUUACAUUGUUUAUUAAACAUGUCUCCAAUAAACAUUUCCACCUCAGAAAUGCAUUUUAUCUUUCUUUUUCCACUUAAUGUUUAAUCUGCAGAAACAUAUGAUAGGGAACAAGCCAUUUUUAAGACAUGCAUGCAGACCACCUUGCCCGUAUACUCUUAAGCUCUGUUGUCAGAGAUAUACAGUGACAGUGAUCUGUGCCAUGUGCUACAUCUUAAGGAGACACACCAGAUUUGAAAAUCUGAGCACUCUCCAUUCAUAUUUAGAAUCGUGAUGUCUUCCCUACCAUUGGAAAAAUGGUAUUUUCCAAACUAUUUAUUCUCCAUUGACAUAUGAUAUGUUUUAGCCCUUGCCUUUUAGCUUCCUUUUGGACUUCCAUUCCAUCACACAGCAGUGUGAUACAGCCAGGAGCCAAGAAGGAACAGCUGCAGAUCGAGCCAACCACCCAAGCUGACAACAAGAAAGCAAUGCCUUCUCAGGACCUCAGGCCCUGCAGGAUCAGCUCACUGCCUUUCACUCAGCAUCUCGUGUGCUCCCUCAGUUAUGUACAUCAUACAGUUCAUUCCACUGCAGUUGAGUUAGAGAUGCUUGUGUCAGCCUCGUCAAGUAGCCUCGUCAAGUGUGUUUAGGAAGGAUUCAGAGUCAUUUAUCUCCAGUGAUAAAACCAAGCCAAGUUUUCAACCUGUUUUUCCAAAUCACUCAAACACUGUCUUCUACAAAUAUACACAGAAAUUUGUACGUUCUGAGUUCACAAACUACUGAGUUAUUCAUUAUAAAAAACCCCAACCCUACGUUUUUAAAUGCACGUACCCUAAGUAGGGAUGUAAUACAGCAGGAUAAGCUUUUCAAAAGCAAUGACUUUGUUUAGAAAUCCCUAUGCUUGACCUGCAAGCAAAAUCAUUCCAAAGGCUUAAAAUCUUUCCAAAUUGCAUAGCAUAUGUUUUCUGGAAGGACUUCAGAAGAACUCCCUAACAGAGACAUAAUAGAGAAAUGGGAAGAAUAUUGGGAUACUGCUAAAUUAUCCUUAGCAGUGGCAUGAAGGCUAUUCUGACAUGACGAGUUCACUGGUCGUCUAACAGCAGCAGAGAUGGAUACCUUCUGCCUCAAGCACAGCAACGUUUCCGUUACUGGAUAUUCUCUCAAUAGAAACAGAAACAUAAUGGCAAAUGAGAUUUUCUUCUAUUCAUUCUCUUCCAUUCAGAACUGAAGAGAAAUAGCCUUACCUGACUACAGCAACUACUUAACUUUUGUGUACCACUAUUCAGUUACAAGUGCAGAUGGGGAGCAAUCAAAGAAAGAGCUCUCUGUGUUGUCCCAUGCUUCAAAUAUCAAUCUGUGGGCUGGCCAACAAGACAGAAAGGAGAUGCAGGCAGCAAUACCUUCGAGAACUUAAAUUAGAAGCUUUCUUGGCUUUCAAAGAUAUGAAUUCAGAAGAAUUACUCCUGAUAUCAUUAAAAGCUGAACACUCUUGGAGCAGCAAGACAAGUGACGUGCUAUUUCUUUAUUGUGGUGCAGAAGAGGCGAUGACACGUGGCACUGCAGAGGUGCCAUGGAUCACAAGUGCAGACUUGCUGGCUGGGAGCUGCUGACACUGACAGCCGAUGGCACAGAAGCUAAGCACAUGCUCAGCCCACAACAGGGGCUGUGUGAGCAUCCUUGGCAAUCCUGCCCCUGGUCCCUAUGAGAUUUCUGCUCCUCUCAACUCUCCUUGCUACAGGGUAAGGCCUUUCAGCUCAGAAGCUGCUAUUGUAUGACCAAUAGGUUUGGGACAGCUGGCCACUGCUAUCAUAAACCUAAACCAGAACAUGACUUAAUCCAGACCACUCUUUGUAAAGAAGGAAAUACAUUUUAAAUGAAGACUGUUGAACUUCAAACCAUCAAAUAAGAACACGGACUUAUUAAAAUAAAGCCUUCAGAAUAUAAGAUACAUUUAAGCAAUUUGUAUUAGUAACUAUGUCAAAACGUACAGGUAGAAUACAACAACAGUUACCAAGACACGUAUCUUCCCUGCAUGCUUUCAUGUAAACUCUAUGCUCCAUUUUAGGUGAUCAUCUGAAUGGUUCUGACGUGCUUCAAAUAGAAAGGAUGCAGGGGCAGAGCUCUCCAUCUUCCCUUGUGUACAUUUGCUGUUUGCAAAGCCUGCCUUACAGAUGCAAAUUAUUAAGAUAAUGCUGAAAAUUCAAUAAAACAUUGUAUGAUGAUCAUCUGCUUCGUGUCGUACAGAACUCUAGUGGGAUUCAAUUAGAAACAGGGAAAUGCAUUCAAAGACAGGGUCUGGUUCUUUAGGUAAGAUGCUCUCCCAUCAAAUACCUUCAUGCUUGUACACGCAACACUUCAGGCAGCUUCUACAAAUCCAAGGAUUAAUUUUCUGUUCUAAUUACUUGUUGGACAUAACACAAGCAUUUUAUAAGAAUUUAUUCAUCUACAUGGCUUUGAUCUAACACAAAAUAGACAUUUUAUCUAUACUGUGAUUUAUCAAUUAACAUAUAUAAACAUAUACUACUCUUUCACAUGGCUCUCAAUAUAGCCUCUAAAUGCAAAGGGCAUUUUGGAGGAGGAAAACCCUGGUGAAAUAAUGCCAGU